AUGAGUAGGAGCCUUAGCAUGUCACAGGUAAGUGGUCAUUGCCUCCGAGACAGGUCAGAGGUCACGAGCCUAUACCCAACGCUAAAAUUGAUAUCUAGCCCGGAAACAUGCAGAGAAAAGGGAGGUCCUGACUGGUAGUGGUGAAGCAGCGGUGGGACCCCGAACACAAAAUUUGACGCCCAAGACCAGUUAGGCCCCUACCAAGUCAACAAGAAAGACAUGAAAAGGAUGGCAUAGUAGAGAUAUUAGAUCUCCUUUUUCAUCUUGGGAUCCCUACCUCCCUAUUAAACAAUUAAAAGAGCCACAUGAAGCCAAUAACCCCAACCUCUUCUGCCGUCGCCUUCACGAGACCUCCAUUUCGACUUUCUUCUCUUCUUUCCUAUGCAUGACUCCCAUUAGCUCCUUGGAUAAAGGGAUUCUUUUUGACUUCAAAGUACACUAUAGACAUUAGACACACUCUUGUUUUAUUGCUAACUAAUACACGCAAGUGUUCCAGAACACAUUGCCCGUAAUCUAAUCCUCAAUCAACGACUUCAUUUUCACGUUGAUGUCUUCUUUAUAUAUUUUAAUCCCUACAUUGAAGUGGUGGUGGUAGCAGCUUCCAUUGAUACCUAGUUGUCUACAAAAAAGAUCAUUCUAUACUGUUCUGUUCAUGUGUAAAUAUAUAUCCUCAACCUUUUCUCUUCUACAGACAUCUCUCUUUAAACCCCAGAAAACGCAGCAAUGCCAAGUGCUGUCGAAUCACCAGAGCACAAUCCAAUGAGUCAUCUCAUCAACAGCAUAUCUUCGUAUGACAGCAAUAUAAUGCUUGCUGCAGUUAUAUCCCUUCUUUUAGUAAUCCUCUUUGUGUUGCUUCUCCACAUCUAUGCCAAGUGGUUCUUGGCACAAGCUCGCCAUAGAAGAAGAUCAAGUUCUGUGUCUGUGUCUCACGUUCUGCGUGCUUCAAGAUUCCACCAUUUCCAUAAUUUCACUGUUGACACUACUUUCUCUACUUCCCCUUCAAAGGGUCUUGAUAGAUCAGUCAUUUCUUCAAUUCCAUUGUUUGUUUACAAAGCAGAAGAGUGUAAACAAGGCUUAGAGUGUGUCAUUUGCUUAAGUCCCUUUGAGGAAAAUGAGGUUGGCAAGAGCUUGACAAAGUGUGGUCAUGGUUUUCAUGUUGAGUGUAUUGAUAUGUGGCUGAAUUCUCACUCUAAUUGUCCUGUUUGUAGAGCUCCUGCUGUGGGUGAUGACAAUGACAUUACUAUUGAUGAUCUCAAGUCCACGGAGGUGAGUAGGGAGUCAACAGAUGAGAGGGGCUUGAGUGAUGGUGGGGCUUCUAGAUUGGAAAUUGUCACUGAUUUUUCAAAUUCUGAGAAUGAGAAUGGAAAUGUUGUGGUAAAUCGUGAUUGUUUAUCAGAAUCACCAUCUACUUCUUUGUCUUUGAGUUCUUCUUUGAAGAGAAUGUGUAGGAAUAGAUCAGAAAGCAAGGUAUUCCCAUCAAUUAAUGCGACUGAGCUGGAUGCUUGAGAGAUUGUCUAUGUUCACGCAGAAUGUUUGCAUUCCACAUUGUAUAGAUCUUUUGUAAGUUGAUAUAUCAUAUAAUUUUUUUUUGAA